AUGCCGACAUUGUCAAUCCUGAAUCCUUACUAUAUGGAUAUCAAGAAAAGAAAGAUAGUACUGCAUCUAACCAGGGCAUACACAAAUUUAUUAAGAAGAUUUGGACUUAACAUUUACUCCAAGCCAAUUGUAUUGUUGGUAUCGGCACUUUUUUCCUCGGCGUCUAUUUUUUCGUGCUACCAGAUUAUUCGGAUAAUAUUUAAGCUUCAAGGAUUUUUGAGAAGAAGACAAAGAAAAAAUAAUUACAAUCCAUUGGAGUCGUCAGAAAGUCUCAGGGCAGAUUUCUACGGUAAAGAGAGAUACCACCGAAGACAUAGAGUGAUUUUUGUGCCGUACAAGAACAGGCAUCUAGAAGUUUGUCUAAAUCCAACAAACUAUGACAGGUAUGAACACGACAGGUUGAUUUUUAAGAAAUUUAUGAAGGAGCAUGAGUCAAUUUCCGAACCAGGAAAGCGCCCAUCAAGCUUGAUGAUAGAGUCUAAGUUUCUCACCAAAUUGUAUAUUAUUUGGAAGCACAUACUUGUUCCCCAAGUAUUUCAUAAGAAUACAUAUCUUCUCCUAACACAUAUUGCAUUCUUGAUAACGAGAACGUGGAUGACAUUGUUAGUGACGAAGUUAGACGGUCAGAUAAUGAAGGACUUGAUUGGGUUCAAGAUAAAGUUUUUCUUCAGAGAUAUCCUAUAUUGGUUUUUGUUUGCAAUACCAGCCUCAUACGUUAAUGCUGCAAUCAAGUAUCUAACUAAAAGAUUAGCGCUUAAUUUCAGGACAAACCUAGUGAGAUACUGCCAUGAUAUUUAUGUAAACCCACGGGUUGCUUAUUACAAACUCCAGUACAACUACAACAAGCUUCCUGAAUACGAGCUGUCUUAUAAGACUGUUGACCAGAACAUCGUGGAGGAUAUUUCGAAGUUUUCAAGUUCACUUACAUCACUUUUUUCAAGUCUUGGAAAACCAGCCAUCGAUUUAGUGUUCUUUGCCAUAUAUCUCAGAGAUAAUAUUGGAACACCAUCAAUAAUCGCCAUUCUAGCCAACUAUUUGAUCACAGGACUGCUGCUUAAACAGAAAUCACCAAACUUCAAUAGAAUGUGGAAGAAGCGCACGCAACUUGAAGGAAUAUACUAUAACUAUAACUUGAAUCUCGUGACAAAUGCCGAAGAAAUCUCGUUUUAUAAGGGGGUCCGGUUCGAGAAAUCAAAAGUACUUGGCAUAUUUAGGGAUCUUUCCGACCAGAUUAAGCUGGAAAUAAGCCAAAGGUUUGGCUACCAGCUUUUCGAGGACUAUGUGUUGAAAUCAGUGUGGCCAGCACUAGGAUAUUUCUUUGCAGGUCUUCCGAUAUUGUUCAGCUCGGAAAAAAGUGGCUAUUUAACUGACAGCACUUCAAAUAUGAAGUCUUUCAUAGUGAACAAGCGGCUUAUCCUCAGUAUGGCAGACGCGGGAUCACGCUUAAUGUACUCAGUUAAGGAUAUCAGUGGUCUCAGUGGGGUUACAGACAUCGUUUUCACCCUUUUGGUGAAUCUCCACCAGGUGCAUGAUGUACACUUUCAGUACGGAUUGACAAAUUCGCAAGGGAACGGAUUCACUUCGAAUUAUAAGAUCCACUCCUAUGUUUCACAGAGUCAACUUGCCAACGGAAAUACAGAGGCGAAUACUGCAAAUAAUGGAAUAAACGGUACAAUUCAGUAUUCGUACCCUGGACUUCGCAUGGAGAAGUCUCCAGUUAUUAUUCCUUCACCUGCAGGAAUCAAGGGAAGACUUUUGCUCAACAACAUCACUUUCAACAUCUCCAAAGGCCAGAAUCUUCUCAUUUUGGGCAAGAAUGGAGUCGGAAAGACGGCUAUAAUUCGCAUAAUCAGUGAAUUAUGGCCGCUAUACUCCGGCUUGCUCUCAAAACCAGACAGUAAUGAUAUCUAUUACGUUUCCCAGAGACCGUAUUUCAUUGAUGGAACUUUCAGAGACCAGAUUAUCUAUCCAUUGAACUACAGCCAAAUGCUUCGCAAAGGAUAUACUGACGAUGUCUUGAUUGGCUACUUAAAUGAGGUUGGUCUAGGAUAUUUGCUUGAGAGAUUUGGUUCGCUUGACUUCAAGCCAGGUCUCAGUGAUUUAAACAAUGUCGCAAGCGGUAAUUCCAAUAGUAGCAAUCGGCAACAAGACCCAGACGUUAUCGAAGAGAUUGCAAUAAACGGCAAGGUUGUUCAGGUUCACGAUAGUUAUGUUCCGGGUCCUCUGGAUGGAAGAAAAACAUGGUUUUCUCUUUUAAGCGGAGGAGAAAGACAAAAAUUGAUAUUUGCAAGAAUCAUUUUCCACCACAAGCAGCUAAUUGUGAUGGACGAGCCGACAAGUGCCGUUUCAUAUGAUUAUGAAGAGUCUCUAUUCUCAUCUUUGGAGAGCAGGAAACUUACAUUUAUCACAAUCUCAAACAGAAGGUCCUUGCUGAAGCAUCACAACUUUCUACUUGAGCUUCAACAGGAUGGGCAUGCAAAGUUCAGCAAGAUAGAUGAAGAGUACCUAAAGCAUUUUGAGAAUACACAGAGUGAGAUCAAGUAUCUUGAGGCUGAAUUGAGGAAUAUGGAUAAGUUAAAGAAACGUGAAAUCGAGUUGCAGAAACUUUUGGAUGGCUAUGAGUGGCCGCAGGAAGAAAAGAGCUCUAAGCAGAUUGCAUCAAACUGCUAA